UGUAUAAUCUCCAAGUUGCCAUAACAAAACUUUGUCAUGCAAGCAACAUUACAUUAGUCUGCCUGAAUGAAUAGCCAUUCAGUUCUGUCUUUUCUCUGUCAAUGCUAUUAACACUUGUCUGCUGUUUAAUUAAGCCAAGGUGUUGAUGGCAGGUUCUCCUUAGGGAAUAGUCAAUGAUAAAACAGAUCAGGGACAGUAAGAAAUACACAUCUCAAACAAAAUGUCCCGUAUCUACCUACCAAAAAUUUCUAAAGUGAGUACUCCGGUGUUCCAUCGAUCUUGCACAAAUUAUUCAAAAAUUUUCGGGCCCUAUCCACCAAAAGAACUUACAAAAGUAUCAAGCGACAAGAUCAAAAUACCUCCACGAAUAAAUCCUUUGAAACCUUUGACACCAAAGAAACGAAUUAAUAUGCACUGGGAAACUUAUGACCAGCAUUGGCAGAAUGAACACCGAAGUCUACGUAUGAGACAGAAAGAGCACAAUCGAUAUCAUAAUGCUUGGCAGAAACCAUUUUAUGGCCAGCCAGCUGAGAAAGAAGCUUACAGAAAACAUAUUCGAGAUGUUCUAAAAGCACAAAUGGCAGACCAAGAUCGAAUACAGCGGAAGGUUUUUCAAGAAAGAAAAUCAGAGAGUGACAGUGCCAUAGAAUAUGACCAGAAGUGUUGGCGGGAGGAUCUGGAGAAAUCUCGCGAGAAAAUCAGCUACCUUAUUCAGUUUCGAGACCAAAACAAGCAGCUGAUGGAACAGAAAUGGAGAAGAGUACGGGACCAGCAAAAUUCUGAAAAGCAACUUGAAAGAAACCUUUUGCGUUAUAACCCCAUUAACUGGAGUGGGACGCUUAGCUAAAAAAAAAAAAAAAAAAAAAAAACAUUUCUUUUUUACCAACCAACAGCUCAUUAAUUUUCGCAUUUUAAUUAGCAGUUUAGUCCUUUAAUUAAUUCAGACCAAUAUUCUUCUUUCUUGGCAAGCUGCAGCACAGAAACAUAAUUAGUGAUAAAUUACUCCCAUUUUAAACAUACAUGUAUGUAUGUGUAUGAAUGUAUGUGUAUGAAUGUAUGUAUAUAUUUUUGCAUAUAUAUGUGCAUGUAUGUGUUUAUGUGCAUGUAUGUAUGUAUAUCUGCAUAAGUGUGUAUAUGUAUAUAUGUAUAGGUGUGUGUGCAUAUAUAUGUAUAUGUGUGUGUAUGUAAACACACACCUACACACACACAGAGGUAUCCCUUGCAUUACAGCUACCUCAGGUUAUGAAAUUUCGUGCUUACAGAAAUUGUGAAGUAUGACCCCUAAUUUGGGGAUACAGUCUAUAAUUUUGCCUUUAAAAGAAACUCAGAUAGAUAUUAACAAUUUAAAAGCUACAUAUAUAUAUAUCUACUCUCGGAGUGGUUGGUGUUAGAAAGGGCAUCCAGCUGUAGAAACUUUGCCAAAUCAGAUUGGAGCCUGGUGUAGCCAUCUGGUUUCACCAGUCCUCAGUUAAAUUGUCCACCCCAUGCUAGCAUGGAAAGCGGAUGUUAAACGACGACGUGUGUGUGGUUUGUGUAUAUGCAAGUGUUUCUAUACACCUCACUAUAAAUACUUACAGAGUUUGAGCAAUUUUCACUGUGAAUAUUUAUGCGUGUGCUUAUGUAUAUUUUAAGUCACAAUCAGUGUCUAAAUUCCAAUCUGUCUUUCUGUCUCAAUGUAUAUAUACACACACUAUCUAUCUAGUCCCACCCAUGCUAGCAAGGAAAAUGGAUGUUAAAUGAUGAUGAUGACGAUAUAUAUAAAUCAACAUUCACCUCCAUCACUGUUCUCAACACUUAACCACUCCCAUUACUAACCCACCAACUCUUUAAUGAUGAACAACAGCAGCAGUAGUAAGAACAAGAUAAGCAAGUUCAUCUAAAAUAAAGACAGUCUUACGAGAUAAUGUGAUUGUCUAUUAUUUUAGGCAGCAUAUUUUUAAAAGUUGAAUGAGCUGCUUUUGGUUUUAGGUCAAUGGAGAUUGACUUGAAGCUAAACAACAAUACAAUUAAGAAAAAUGUGAACACCACCACCAAAAUAUCAAGCAAGCCACUUACUUUUGAAUAACUAACUGGCAACAACAAUAGGAGUUUCAGCAUGACAAGGUCUGUAGCUACAUGUGUUUUAUGUCAACACAACAGUGAUUGGGUCUAAAUAGGAUGUUAGACUUUUGCCUUAAGUUAGAAAUGCAAAGACUAUGUGGACAUGAACUUGGUAACUCAUCAACUAAGUUUAAUCAUACAGCACUUCCUCCCGCCUCACCCUUUUCUUCUUCUGAUGUCCAUCCUAUGUCCAUCCUUACAUCCAUAAGAAUACAACAAUUUUUUCACUUACUACAUAUUUAUUGUGGAUAACAGUUGAUUGCUGCCACUUUUGAAUUUACCUACAUUACAAAAUAUCUAGAAAGAAGUUAUCAAGUGGAACUGAAUGCAGUAGGGUGAAAAGGAAUCAUAAAAGGGUUACUCAGGAUACUAAACUUGAUGUUUUAAAAGGGCUUGAUGCAAGAGUAAGGAUCAUCAAUAAUGCCAUAACAUUAAAUCUUGCACUGUUUGCCGUGGGAACUAAUGGGUGACAAUAGAGAGAAAAUUAAGUGAAGUGCUGGAGAAGUUAUUUUGUUGACUGCCCAAACUUUAUUUUUUCAUAAAUCUGAUGUGAUGCUUAAAAUGGAACAGUUCUUGAAGGUACGGAUUGAAGAUUGAACUCAACAUAAUAUGCCAAUAAUUUUGAGGCUGUUGUAGGUGACACUUGCAAAGGUGCCAUGAGGUGAGAUCAAACUUGUAAUCAUGUGGUCGCAAAUCAGAAUGAUAGUAAUUUUUGAAAAAAAGAACCAAAAGUUUGUAUGACAAUCUACGUAAAAAGGGGGAGGUGAAACUUCUUAUAAAUAGUUUUUUCUGGCUAUAUAUCCGUCACAGCUGAUCUUACCAAUCAGUUUCGUGCAAAGAAUACA